GCAGGACGAGCGGCAGCAGCAGCAGCGCUUAGCAGAACUGGAGAGAGAGAGAGAGAGAGAGAGAGAGAGAGAGAGCUGUCUGUGAGAGACAAUGAGGGAGGUAGGGAGUUGAGCAGGAGAGAGAGAGAGGGAGUGGGUUUGUCGAAGUUUGAUGAGAAGAUGCUUCUCAAGGGGUUGCGUAUAUCGUUGGACACGGACACAAGAGAAGAGAUUUAACUUCAGUGCGGAGUGAGCAGAGGGUAGGAGAGAGAAGACGUAUCAGAUCGGAGUGGAAUUAUAAUCUCACGAGCUUUUUCGGUUGUCCUUAAAAUAUUCAACCCACUUUUUCCUCUUCAGUUAUCCCCGGGAGCGACUGACUGUCACAGCAAAGCAAGAGCACGCAGGCAGCGAGAGGGAGGGAGGGAGAGGCAGAGACAGAGCGACCCAGUAACGAGGGUCGAAGGCUAGGGGUUGGUCCGGAGAUUGAUCAGUAGAAAGUAGUUUUCGUGGAGUGUCCGGGAGGUUUUUUUGGGCGAGAGGGACGUACCACCGUGAGGGAGGGAUGGUGUGAGUAGGGAGGAAGAAGGAGAGGGAGAGAGCGCGAGCGUUGUUGGUACAGAGAAGCAGGGCACCCACUCGAGUGAGUGCGCCUCAAGAGCUCUGGCUGAUUUGAUCGAUAAUCAUGGUUUAGGAAUUCUUUUGCUUAUGACCGGAAGUUUACAUCACGAUACGAGAUAAGCGAGUCGCAUUGUGUCUAUGCUCAGCGAGCUACAGUCGAAAUCCGCGGGCUUCGCUUCGUUCAUGGGAUAUGUGAUCGUUGCACAAUGCUCCCCCGAGAUCCAGUUUAGGGGACAAUCAUGAGCCGCUGAUAGUGUCACGCUUCUUGUGAUGGUUGAGUCAGUGCUACAACUUCGCAUCUACGUCAUCUUCUUCCGCGGGAGCAGCAGCAGCAGCAGUGAGACAAGUCCCUCGGGUAGCCUGCUCUGAGAUGAAAAGCUGGUGGUGCAUAAUCAGCAGCUGACUCGUGAAGGGAAUCGGCAGCGGCUCCAGCAUUCGGAUGCCGUAAUUGGACAGCCGGUGCUGAUGAGACCUACCUCUGUCAACCUCGCGACCAUUCUAUCAGCCACCAAGAUCAGAAACCUUAGACGACGUGAUGCAGAGUGAGCAAGUGCUUUCGCGGGAACCGGCACUUCUGAACCCAUCAUCGGUCACUUCCGUAUGAGGAUCUUGCCCCCGAUUAACACCCGCAGUCAUCUCGCCGCACAUUGUCCAUUUGCCAUAGAUUGAGCAGUUUUCGAAAGAGCCUGGUUCAAGCGCAAGGACCUGACAAGCCCCCAGACAGACAGACAGACAGACAGGGAAGGGAAAACAGGGUACGAGUUCGUUGUUGUUCUUGUUGUUGUGGUUGUUCAUGAUCCAAUCACUCGCUUGUCGUCAUCACCGUGGGGACCUCGUCAAGCAGAAGCCAGCGAGGCCAGGCGGACCUCGUGGUCGCAUAGCGGUCACUGUAGAGCUUUUGUCCAUCAACGCCUUGAGUGACAAGACGUUGUGAUUGGCGAAGUCCGAGAGCAGUGCGCGCAUCGAGAUCAGUCGAGUCUGGAUUGGCAAUUAGGUACAGCAGGAGGAGGAGGAAGAGGGGGAACGACAAUCUGCGCACGACUUCAAUAAAACGCCAACAUCUGGAGGUUCGUGCUUGCUCGGUCGGUCGAGCGGUGGCUCUGUCGGGGCGUGGUCGGAAAUUAGUGAUUUUUCUUCCGUGGCCGCAUUUCGGCUCAUGAAACGUCGACCGGAUGCUGGCUGAAAGAGACAGCUUCACAAAGAUUUUCAGGACUCAUGGCAUCCUCAGAUCUGACAAACCAAGCUCCGAACAUACCAGGCGAUAACCGAAUUGGGGGAAUGCCGGGCCCUCUGCCGGACUCACAGCAAAGACUUUGGCCUGACGAGCGCGAUGCGUUUAUCCACUGGCUCAAAGGGGAAUUUGCCGCUGCUAAUGCUAUCAUCGAUACAUUGUGUCACCAUUUGCAGAUGGUCGGGAAGCCUGGCGAAUAUGACUUCGUCCUCACUUGUAUCCAGCAAAGAAGGUUCAACUGGACAGUCGUCCUUCACAUGCAGCAGUACUUCUCCGUAGCUGAGGUCGUCUUCGCACUCCAGCAAGUCGUGUGGAUGAAGCAUACUCUCAAUUCCGAUCAGUCCCCGUUGCCAAUGCCCUUCGGAUCUUCGGAGAAUGGAGGAGGACACCACGUCUACAGAGACCCCAGAGCAGACGCUAUGAUGCCAGGAGCUGCUUGCGUGCCGGCGCCGCAGCAGCAGCAGCAACAGCAGCAUAGCUCCGUCUCCGAGGACCUUUACACUAGGAGGGACAUUAUAGAUGCGCCCCGGAACAAAUCCGAGGAGCAGAGCGAUAGGAGGAGAGCUGAUUCAGGCGAUCAGGAGAGGCAGCAAACGCUCGCGUCUAGCCUGGAGAAUGUUGUAUACGCCAACAGAGAUCAGGCAGAUCUCAGAGAACAGGGUCCUUCCGGAAGUGGUUCGAGGAGUGUUUCGUCGUUGUCGGAAUCUUCUUCCACAUCCAUCCCUGCAUAUUCUCAAACGACUCAAAACAUCAAAGAGGACAAGGAAAUGGAUCAGGGAUCUCGUGACCAGCCCGACGCUGAAGAAAGCUCGUCGAGCAAAUUGGAUCGACCAGAAGGCAAUUUGGCGGACAGGGCGUUUGGAUUUGUUUCCAAGGAAGAGGAGGAUAGACGACAAGCACACAUUAAGGUCACCAAGACCUACAAUUGUAUUGAGCAAGUAGAUGGAAAAUCUGUCAACUUUGUAGAUGGCCUCGAACUCCAUGAGAGGGUAUUGGACAAAGCGGAGAGUAGCAGGCUAGCAGCUCUGAUAUUGGAGAUGCGUGCUGGGAAGAGAGGUGAAUUUGCAGGUGGUUCGAAUGUGACUUCAAAAAAGGCGGCUAAAGGCAAGGGGAGAGAGUCUCUUCACUUGUCUUAUUCUAAUUCACCCUUGCUCGAGGAUCACAAGAAGCGUUCAUCUCCUAAAGACGAUUGUGUGCAACCAAUGCCCACUUUUCUAGAUCCUAUCAUCGAACGAUUGGUACGGUGGCAUAUAAUACCCGCUAGCAAAAGACCAGACAGUUGCAGUAUUAACAUCAUGGAAGAGGGAGAUUAUGUACCUCCGAGUGUCGAUAAUUCGCAUCUGGAGAGACCUUACUGUACUCUCACCUUGCUCGCGGAUUGCACUCUGAUUCUGGGGCAGUCUUUGACGAUGGACACUCCUGGUGAUUUCAAAGGUUCCCUUCAGAUUCUACUUUCCGUUGGCUCAGUUUUGGUUUUCCAACGGAAUAGCGCGGAGAUAGCCAGGCACAGCAUCGCUGCUUCCCCAACAAAGCGAAUAUUUAUAACGAUGGGAAAGUCUGUCUCUAGCAAACCUGUCAAGGGGAACUCAUCAUCAGGUGCUGGAGUCUCACAAUCACCACCAAUCGCAGCAUCGAUGCCUCAAUCUUGGAACUCGUCAUUCAACAGCAGCAGCAGCAGCAAUAGUAGCAAUCACAACCGGCAAGGGAACAGCACCCUGACCCAUAGCAAUUCUUCCGGAAGAGGAGCAGCCGAGCCGAGCCGCUUUGGAUCUUCGUUCAAGUCUCAUAAGUUUACCCCUCCAGUAUCAUCAGGCGUACUGCCGGUUCCGACAGCCAGGCCACCUGCGCAGAUCAUCACCAACUCUCCCACGUCCGUGCCACCUUUGUUUUCGGGUUCUCCCGCAGGAGGUGCUUUCCCCCCUCCAUCAAUGGCCAUCCCCCCGAGCUGGUCGCCUCUUCCCAGACCGCCUCCGCCCAACAGACCCCCGAGUGCCGGUACCGGUGUGUUCUUCCCCUCUAGUGGAGCGUCCAGCGGCCCUGGGCGGCCCAUGAACAUGACACCCGGUGGUCAACGCAGGGCCGGGGCCAUCUCGCCUGCUCCGCCCAUUCUGCAAAAGACGAACUCCGCGCCUGCCUCCUUCGCCUCGCUCGAGGCAGCUGCCACGGCUGCAGCAUCCUCCCCCUCCACCCCUCCCAGCACCAGCAAGGCAUCGAAGCUAACGAGCUCGGUCGGAAGCAGCUCCGAAAAGGCUCGAGCGGCCCCGAGUUCGCCUCACCAGGAUUCGAAGUCGUCCAACGCCGUCGUCGUCGGCGAGUCUUCGGACGCGUCCUCGAGCGCGCAGUCCGUGGAAGCGAACGGCGUUGCGAAAUUCGGCAAGGAGGACAGUGCGGCUGCCAGCGCGCGGAAUUCGGGGUCCCGUUCCAAAUCCAUGCCGGGCAACAACAGGACGAGUAUGAUCAGCACCAUCGGAGGCCAUUCAUAGUCAAGGCUGUAGACUGAGCUUCAAGUAGGCAGGCAGGCAGCUUCCAUGGGUCAUGGAAGAACCUUGUAUUCAUAGGUUUUGUAGAGGAGAUACGAAUCUGUUCGUCCGGUGACAAUCAUAGUCCACAGUUGAUUGUUUGUGAUUUGGUUUCUGAGAGAGUGCGAGCCGAGUGCAAAGCAUGUGUGCGGCGGGCGUGAACCUUAAAAUUAGUCAUAUGAGGUAGAAGCCAAGGAGGUACCCAUUCUGCUGCUUCCUUUCUUUAUGAUCAAAUCCCCAUUCAUUCUUUCAAACUCUUGGCUGCUGCAAAUGGAGAACGUCAUUGCACGCCAGCCAGGAACCAGACGCUCCAAUAAAGCCAAUGAGCGAAGCUCGUCGUGGUCCCAAUUGAACCACGACACUCGCUUAUUCGCUUUCACUGACUCUUCCUGCGGUCAGGAAGAAAGGUCUUCAGAUGUUCUUUAGUUCCGCCCAUUGCUCCCGUGGGUCUGUCACCACCCGGUUUCUUAACUGCAGAGGCCGGCAUGCGACCCUCGGGAGGGCAGAAAACUUUCAUAGUAGUCAGGUGCUCUUCAGUUGUGGAUUUAGUGCUCUGAUGAAAGUACUUGAGAGUGUUUGGCCUUAUCCCCACUUUUAACUCUUUUCGAUUUGACUAGCCUUCUCGAUGGCGGGCUGGCAAGCAGGUAUGUGAUUAUCUACAUCGCAUUGUGCCGUAGCUCUACUCAUCAAAUCCUGCGCAAUCUCAAUUCUACUCUUGAGGCUUCAGUUUAUUCACAUCAUGGAUUCGUGAUGUUUUUUGGAAUGAAGAUCAUGUACAGUCGUCGGUUUGCUACUCCAGUGAUCGAUCUGGCAGUGUAUGGAUGGGGAUUAUAUCUUCCGCGCUGAGGCUACAUGCUUAUAUUUUCUGGCAAGAGAAUGGACGUCUUCUCAAAUUCGA